ACAUCUUCCUCUCUCCAGAGGUUCAAGAGUUCAGAAGCUUUUCAGAGAAAAGUGAUGUCUAUGCUUUUGGGGUAUUCCUCUUGGAAUUAGUAAGUGGAAGAGAAGCAUCAGAACCAUCCCCUUCAAGCUCAACACAAACUCUAGUCGAAUGGAUGCAAAACAUAACGGAUUACACUGAGAUACCCGCAAUGAUCGAUGAGAGACUAGGUGGUACAUACACAGCAGAAGGAGUGGAGGAGGUUAUUACACUGACACUGAUAUGUCUUGAUGUAUCAAGUGAGAAGAGACCAACAAUGAGUUACGUUGUGACGGAGCUUGAGAGAAUAUUGGACAAAGAAGUGAGCUUAACAACAGUAAUGGGUGAAGGUACUCCAACUGUUACUCUUGGUAGUCAGCUUUUUAAAGCAUCAAAGUGAUUACAAAGGAACCAGCUUUACAUAAAUAGACAUAUAUUUAUAUAUAAGUUCUCUGAGACAAAACUAAACAGAGAACUUAAGAGGAGGAGGAAGAAGAAGACUGAUCAGCUGCUUUGUGUUAAUUGUAUAAAGAACAGCUGAGCUAUUUAUUAUUCGUUCUUUUUAAUUGUUACUUCCUUUUGAUGGUUUAUUUCAGCUUUUUUUUUUUUUGAAAAUGAGUGCAGAAAAUUGAACAUUGUAAAAACAUUAUUUAUUGAUAUAAAGGAAGCAAAGAGUGGAGUGUUGUGUGA